UGUAUACACAGAGAAAGAGGGAGGGAAAGACGGGUCCGGCCUGCCCCUGGGGCGGGGCGGUGUUUGGAAGACAACAGCUCUAGCCGGAUAGGAGAAGCAGCUCGCUGCCGGAGGGAGCCGCGCGGAGUCCAGCGAAGCAGCUUAGAUGUCCAUGAGGAGGCCUUCGUCUCCUCAGUUGGAGCUCAAUGGAGCCGGGAACAUGGUGAACUGCAGCAUUAAAACAGAAGAGAAGACAGAGAGCUGCUUCCAGUCUAUACAGGGGGAGGCAACUGGUGCUCCGCCUGGCUCUGACAAACCACACCCAUUGCCACUGGGUGAAGUUAUUGAUCCCCCAAACCUCCCACAGGAAUCUGCAUCUCCAGUGGACAAAGCAUUAGAUUCCAGUAACUCUGCAUUCGAGUCUGCAGUUAGCAACCGGGGAAAAUUGGAUUUCAACAGAAACUUAAAAGAAGCCGAUUGCUUGUUGUGCACUAACAUUCUUAUUGCUACAGUAAUGCCGACCAUUGAGAAGUUACUGUCCAGUGACUGGAAAGACAGACUUCUGGGGAAAAAUCCCAUGGAAUCCAAAGAGGUGAAAGGAACCCAAGAAAGCCUGGCAGAGAAGGAGUUGCAGCUGCUGGUUAUGAUUAACCAGCUGUCCAUCCUGCGGGACCAGCUGCUGACAGCCCACUCGGAGCAGAAGAACAUGGCAGCUAUGCUGUUUGAGAAACAACAGCAACAGAUGGAGUUAGCCAGGCAGCAGCAGGAACAGAUCGCCAAGCAACAACAACAGCUUAUCCAACAGCAACACAAAAUCAACCUGCUACAGCAGCAGAUCCAGCAGGUCAACAUGCCUUAUGUAAUGAUUCCAGCCUUUCCUCCCAGCCACCAGCCUCUUCCUGUCUCCCCAGAUCCUCAAAUGGCGCUUCCCAUCCAGCCAAUCCCUUGUAAACCAGUGGAGUACCCCAUGCAGCUACUGCACAGCCCCCCUCCUUCAGCACUGAAAAGACCCGCAAGCUCAGGCCACCUACCCAUCCAGGAAUCUUCACAGCCACUAAACUUAACAGCAAAGCCCAAAGGCGCUGAGCUCCCCAAUGCCUCCAGCUCACCCAGUUUAAAGAUCAGCAGCUGUCAGUCCCUCACUCCUAACCAUGGAGUUUCUCGGGAGCUGCAAACCAGCCCCCCCAGCCUUCCUUUAGGGUUCCUUGGGGAGGGAGAUGCUAUAACCAAAGCAAUCCAGGAUGCUCGGCAGCUUCUGCACAACCAAAGCAGAGUGAUGGAUGGCUCUCCAAAACAUCCUUAUAGGAAGGACCAUGUCAGCUUGGAUUCUUCACCUGCAAAAGAACAGGCAGACGAGACUUCUUUGCAGAGGCUGGACGAAUCCAUGUUAGCUUGUGAUGGGGAUGGCUCACGGCAUUUCCCCGAAUCCAGGAACAACAAUCACAUAAAGCGUCCAAUGAAUGCCUUCAUGGUGUGGGCCAAGGACGAGAGGCGCAAGAUCUUGCAGGCCUUCCCAGACAUGCACAAUUCAAGCAUCAGUAAGAUUCUAGGCUCACGAUGGAAGUCAAUGUCAAACCAGGAGAAGCAGCCCUACUACGAGGAGCAGGCACGACUCAGCCGCCAGCACCUGGAGAAGUAUCCCAAUUACAAGUACAAGCCCCGUCCCAAGCGCACCUGCAUUGUGGAAGGGAAGCGGCUCCGUGUUGGCGAAUACAAGGCAUUGAUGAGGAACCGGCGCCAGGACGCCAGGCAGGGCUACCUGAUUGCACCCCAGGGCAGCCAGAUGCCUCCUUCCUCUUCGGAUCUCAUGUACCAGCGAUCGAUUGGGGUGCAGCUGGCUCCACCCUUGAUGGAUCACUACUUGCCCCGUGGCAUGGAACCAAACAUGCCGGUCAUAGUCAACACCCGUAGCCUGAAGCCAGAGGAAGGGGAUGGUGCUGAGGACAGUCAUUCAGUGCCCGACGGGGAGAUAUACCACUACAGUGAAGACGAGGAUUCAGAAGGCGAGGACAAGAGUGAUGGCGAGCUGGUGGUUCUCACAGACUAAAAGCCAGCGGUGUGAAGGGGGGGGAGCAUGUGUGGAAACGGGGAACUUGACCAGUCUUUGCCCUCUUUCCAGCAUCAAUCAGUCACCUGGCUUGGAAGGGAGGGUUUUGUUAAAAGCUGCCUGGGCGUGAGGAAGUGAGAAGCCAUUCCAGGUUUUUCUGCAGUGUGGUUGCAGGUUCCUGGGAAGGUCAGCAGCCAGACCCUGGGCAGUUGUACCAAGUUAAUGUAAGGAGAGGCGCUGUAGCUCAGUGGUAGAGCACAUACUUUGCAUGCAGAAGGCCCUGGGUUCAAUCAGUGGCAUUCCCAGUGACAAGGUUCUAACUGAAGAGCCAUUGCCAGUCAAAAGUAGGCAUGUCUGGGCUUGGUGUACCAAUGGUCUAACGCAGUAUAAGACAACUUCAUACAUGUUUUAUAUAAAAGAUGGACAUGGAGCAGAAGAAGAGAAGAUCGAGCCUGUGUGUCAUUGUCCACGGGGUCAGUAGGGCUUCUCACUCAUUCAUUGUCUUCUUUCUUGAAAGGAAGGGAUUAUGGCUCAGUCCUGUUGAAUGUACACCAGGGUCAGGUGAAAAGAGAGGCACAAUUCAGUGAGAGUCUUGGAAUGCAACUGGUGUUGGAACAUUUUUUUCCUGCAAAGAGGUAUUGCUCCUGCCCUCCUGAUGAAGGCACAGGGCUCUCCCAAAGCUGUCUUGAAAUUAAAUAAGAGGGAACAAAACUAUUCUGGACUUGUGCAAGAAUGUGUGUGAGUGUGCAUGUGCGUGCGUGUGAAUACAGCCUGCAGUCGAUCCAGAAACGUAAUCUCCUGAACUCGCCUUCCUAUCUUCUGAGCAGUUUCAUGCUGGCCUUUGUGCUCUCUGGAGCAAAAGCAUGAUUGGGGGAAAGUUCACUCCUGCAUUUGUCUUCCGUGCAGUGUUCAGUUGUGCUGCAGCUAAGCAGUAAGCACUCAGGCCAGACAGCCCUGGUGUCUGUUGCUCAUUCGCUUGCUCUCCUUUUCCUGAAAGCCGGUGUGUGCAGCCGGCGGAACAGAGCCCUCACCUGUCGGUGACCUGGCCAGCUAAACCACCUUGUAGCAGCCGCACAGUUGCCACCAUUCAGCUGACCUUUUGGGGGCCUUUUCAGUUUGCUAAAACCAAACGUCUGGGUGGAACACUUGUUCCCUGUUUGUUCUGGAUGUCAGCCAGUUCUGCAUCUCUCCCCACCACCACCACCACUCCUGCUUCCCACCCCGACUUUGCUUUGUCCUGUGUUUGUUUCUUUCUACUCCCACUGGCCCUGCCAGUAAAUUCCCAUGGAGCCAUUUUUAGCUCUGGACUUGAAUGAAUAACAACCGAGGUCUCAGAGGGGCCCUCUUAUACCCUUGGCAGCCAUGGCCCAGUUUGUAAAUUAAGCCCCUGCUCGUUUUCCUCCUGCACUUUGUAUACUUGCUAGUUCUUAGGAUGCACCACAGGAGGGGACGCUCAGCAGUAGUAGCAGCAGCAGCAGCAGCAAGCUAACUAGAUGGUUGGUGGGGGACAGGGCAGGCAACCUCUUGGGCAUCUCGGAGAGAAGAGGAAAAUCCCCUUGGAUGGAAACUCUUACUGAGUUAUUCUAAUUAGGCCACCCUGGUUAUAUGAGCCUCUGGUAGGUUCUCUCACAGCACAAUCCUAUCCAUUUCAAAAGUAAAUCCCAUUGAGGUAAAUGGAGCUGACUCUCAGGUAAGUGGGUGUAAGAUGUCAGUAGUCACAGCUGCUGCCUUAAUUGGAUGGGAUAGCUGAUUCUCAGGCCCUCCUCUGGAAUCGAAUCCUGAUUCCCUGUUAGCAUUGUCACCACAGAGUGCACAGAAUGUACCAGCAGAGGUUGAGAGGACAGACAUCUGAAUGCAUUGCCCAGCCAUGGUCUGUGCCUACCAUGGGUAAUGGGUAAUCGUAAGUUCGAUUCUGGAGAGGGAGCCUGAGAAAUGACUCCCACAUCUAAGGAAGGCAGCAGGUGUGCAAAUUACCAGGAAGGCAGUGACAAAAAUAAACAGUACAGGACUCUUCCAAGGCCCUGCAAUUUCAAUGAGUACAUUUUGAAUCCUUUAACAAGUUGGUGACUCUGUAUGAUCUCAGGCCAAGUGCGCAUGCACACACACACACUUGUGGCAGAGAGACAUGUUUGAAUGCCUGCCCUAUUAACUUUCAGUGGCACUGAUUACAAGGAUGGCUUCUCCUGCAUCCUUCUUUCCCAGUUCUACUCCCAUUUAUCCUUUUGUGGUAUUGGUCAAAGCAGCAGCAGCUCUAGUAGUGAUUCAGAUUAGUUAAACGGUCUUUGGCCAAUUAGUGAAGAAUGCAUAAUUUUGGGAUGUGAAAAGAAGAAAAGCAGUGGCCAGGGGAAGGGGGGGAGGGAAUGUAAGAGGUUGCUUGUGCGAGUGCGAGUGUGUGUAUGUUUGCAUACACGCCUUUCCCCCAUGUUUUAUCCUUACUUCAUCACACCCGAUAACCCUCUUAAAUUUUCUGUACAUUUGCAUCUGAUUUUUGACAAUUUUCUAAACCAAUGCAGUGUGAAAUAGCAAAGAUGCUUUAAAAUCUCAGCAUGGAAAGCUUUUGCUCUCUACUGGCCAAAGCUGGAAUGGCAUCAAGAAGGCUAAACUGGUAGAUGGGCAAGUUUACUCUGCCUCAUCUCUGUAGUGAAAAUGUAAAUUCUCCAUUCUUGAUAAGAGGAUCAUCCCAAGUGGGAAUCUCCUCCCUUGUGUUUUGGAAGGAGGGCCAGUGUUGCUAAUGCAACCCAGAAACGGUGCCUUCGUGCGUCUUUUCAUCAAAUGAGCUAAAGGCAAGGAAGGAGGUUUGAGCAGAGAUGUCUUAUUCCAAAAAUCACCCCUGCUCCCAUUUUGAAUAUGAAAGAGAAAUUUUCAAGAAAAACUCCAGGUCAUCUGAAAAGCCAUUACAAAAGUGUUCUGUGGACAUUUAUUGAAAAAUCAAUAUUUUUGUUUUCAUGAACCAACCUAAGGGACCAAGAUUCCAUUGUUUCCCUUGCCUAACAAGCAAAAUGACACUUGCAAGAAGAGUGGUAUGGUAUUCCCUCCCAGCUUUUUUUUUUUAUUUAAAGGUGAAACGUGCUUGCAUGCCUUUGCAUCUGACAAAAGGGGGCUCUAAUUCACAAAGGUGUAUUCCACAAUAGAUUUGUUAAGUCUUUGAGAUGCUACAUCAGACUCUUGAUUCUCUUUGCCACAACAGAGUAAUAUAGGAAUUCCCUCUGGAAUCUGACUUUUUCUAUUUCCUCAUCACCAUCCAUGGGGCCUGUGUUGGCUGCUUCAGCUCUUCUGACUGGCUUAACUGCACCUCUCUUGUUAUUUAUUCCUUUCUAGCUCUCAUUUAUGUUAAGACAGCUUUAGGAGAGCAAAGAAGGGGGUUGUGACAGGCUCAGUGGAGAGGAAGUGAGUUAAUUAGCCGCAUGAACAGUAGCAUCUUGGGAAUGGGUAAUGCUUUGUCCCUUACUGUUUUUAUAGACACAUUCAACUCCCCCCCCCCUCCACUCGCCAACCUAGUGUGCUCUGGCACCUGGCUGCUGUUUUGUUCCCACCUCCCCAAAUAUCUGUACAUAUAGAUAGAGCUUUAUUUUGUUAAUAAGAUUAGUAACUUAACCUGUAUAUUUCAAUAUACUUGUUUAUAAUGGGUUUUCAUUUCCGUGGUACAAUAAAGAUGAUGUUUUUGAG